GUCCCACGCAGAUAAGCCAUGGAAUUGCUAAUUUUAUAAGUAGAGAGGCAGGAAGAAUGACGGCAAAGUUUCCGUCUUUGCGAACAAAAAAUGAACCAACCUUCUUGAGGAAAAAGUGUUUCUGAGUGCUGUCUUACUCUGGGAUUUGACCGCAUGUGAUUUGCCUUUCUGUUUAUUUGCAUUAUGGCUGCAAAUGAAAGCAAUGCCAUUUUGGAGAUACUUAAAAGUUUUGAUUUUGAGGAGUUGAUCCUGGCCUUCUGCUUAUCAAUGCUUGUUGGUCUGUUAAUUGGAAUUCUAAUUUUCGUCCUCCUAACCUGGAUCUUGAGACACAGAGCUUCAGUGAGGAUUAGCACAUGUCCUAAUCCAUCAUCAGGAACGACUGGAUUACGCAAUCUACAAGGCCAGCAUGGCAUCUACAGGGGUAACGGCUUCAAUCUAAACAAUGACGGCACAAGCAGAGCCGUGUUAAACCUUCAGAGACAGACAUCUGUUGACCCUAACGAACUACUGGGACGCAGCCCGAGCUUUCAGGCAUCCACCUUUCGACCACUGCGGAAAAAGGGAAGUGAUGAAAAAGAAGAUGAGAAUCAAAGAGCUUUGCUUCAUGACACCACUGGCACUGACUCUGUGACAGAUCCUUAUAAUAUGGGCCAAUCAGAAUCCUUCUGGUUAGGGAAAGGCAGUCUGAGAGGAUUCCUUCCUGCACAGACUCCCCCACCUGCAUAUGACAGUGUUAUACAUAUAUUUCAAGAAACUCAUACCUGAUUUCAUAUGUAUGUUUGUUCAAUUGUGCAUUGCGGUGAUUAUACGUCAUUAAGGCUUUGUUUCUGCAGGAUGAUAAUUGUUUCUGUAGGAUGAUGUUUUUUCUGUAGGUAUCCCUUAUCUUGCUGUGCAGAUUUUUAACCACUGAUGUGCCAACUAAUGCAGGACUGAUCACAAUUGUAUAUAUCCUGUUGCAUGCAAAUGUGUUCUAAACAUGAUGUAAAUAUAAAAAGAAUAAAUUCAUGCAACAAAAA